ACCAUACAGUCUAUGCGCGUGCCCCGCGUCGCGCACGUCGGAGGAGCAGUGAGGAUCAUGGCGGAGCGCAGGAGACACAAGAAGCGGAUCCAGGAGGUGAGCGAGCCCACCAAGGAUGAGAAGGCGGUGGCCAAGUAUCUUCGCUUCAACUGCCCCACCAAGUCCACGAACAUGAUGGGUCACCGGGUCAACUACUUCAUUGCCUCCAAGGCAGUGGACUGUCUGCUGGACUCCAAAUGGGCCAAAGCAAAGAAGGGAGAGGACGCACUGUUCACCACCAGAGAGUCUGUGGUGGAGUACUGCAACAGACUCCUGAAGAAGCAAUUCUUCCACCGAGCCCUCAAGGUGAUGAAGAAAAAACCUGAGAAAGAGUUGAAGAAGGAGAAGGAGAAGGAGAAAGAGAAGGAGAAAGAGAAGGAGAAAGAGAAAGACAGGGCCAAGGGCGACAGCAGCAAAGAGGAGGAGAAAAAAGGGAAGAAGGAGAAAGAGAAGAAGAAAGAGCCUGAAGCUGUUGAAACCAAGAAAGACAAGAGCGAUGACAGUCCUGGAAGCCCCAAGAAGAAAAAAGAAGCGAAGAAGAAGUUUAAACUGGAGCCGCAUGAUGAUCAGCUGUUUCUGGAUGGAAAUGAGGUUUUCGUGUGGAUUUAUGAUCCCGUCCAUUUCAAGACGUUCGCCAUGGGACUGAUUCUCGUUAUUGCAGUGAUCGCGGCCACGCUGUUCCCUCUGUGGCCAGCAGAGAUGCGGGUAGGAGUUUACUAUCUCAGUGUUGCAGCAGGCUGCUUCGUGGCCAGUAUUCUGCUUCUAGCUGUUGCCCGCUGUAUCCUCUUCCUGCUCAUUUGGGUGGUGACCGGCGGGCGCCACCACUUCUGGUUCCUCCCCAACCUCACGGCCGACGUCGGCUUCAUCGACUCGUUCAGGCCGCUCUACACCCACGAGUACAAAGGACCGCGAGCCGCCAAGAAGGCCUCGGACAAGACCGACGAGAAGGACGAGGACGCCUCCACCAAGGCGCAGAAGUCCGACAGCGACGAGAAGUCCGACAGCGAGAAAAAGGACUGCGACGACGAAGAGGAGGAGGAAGAGGAGGAGAGCAAAGAGACGGGGCAGGAGGAGAGUCAAGAGGCAGAGGGGGAGGGAACGGGGGUGGAGGAGCGCCACUCGGACACGGACAGCGACCGGCGGGAGGACGAAGGCUCGCAGCACAGCAACGGAAACGACUUUGAGAUGAUCACCAGAGAAGAGCUGGAGCAGCACACGGAGGAAGAAGAAGAAGAAGAAGAAGAAGAGGAGGAGGAGGAGAAAGAGAAGGAGGAGGAAAAAGAGGAGGAGACGCAACAAACGAAAGAAGAUGAUGGGAGUGAGACUAAAACCCAGACUGCUGAAACAUAAACUUCUUACAAUCCUGUCACUCUACUCUUCUCUGCUCCCCCCCCCUCUCUCCCUCCCUCCUGUGAUCAAGGUCCAGUGUCUCUGAGGCCACAGAGCCUCCGCCUCCUCUCGUCAGGAUCUUCCACUAAACUAAACCGGGAUGGACACAACACUCAAAAGUUAACCGCUGCAACAAUGGGGGGGGAAACAUAUAUCCAAUAAAAGAAGAAGAAGCCUUACGAUGGAUCCUCCCACUCAAAUGUUAUUUAUGUUCAAAUUUAAACUGCCACCGGACGAUAGCCUGAGGAAGUUGUCCACGAAAAAAAAAAAAAAAAAAUCAGACCAACAACUCAUUCUCCUCUUUUCAUUAACGUGUUUUUUUCUCUCUGUCAUUUCAACUUUCAAAUAUUGUAUUUAUGUCCCGUCUUUUGCGUCAUUAAAUCUUCUUUUUUGUUUGUGAGGUCAAAUCCACCUCCGAGAGCGACCGUGUUAAACUGACCAGAGAGAAACGAUGUGUUAGUUAUUCACCUGGUUAUUGUUUUCAUCGUCUCCAGGUCGUUGGUACAAACACGGUCGUCGUGGAGUUCGCCAUGAGGCCCCUUUUCCCUCUUGUUUUCUCUGUUUUCAAACCAUUGCACGUCUGAAAGCUUUCUCGGGCAGCACUUAAAGCAAAAGUGACCAGCACGUCUGCUUGGCAUUGAGGUCGGAUGGACCAAAUCCUGUAGUUUGUUAAGAAAAAUAAAAAAGUUUAAAAAAGCGACCACCUUGUGGCUGGAUGGAGUAUUUACAGACCAGAGGGAGUUCGGCUCUUCGAGGUACUUGCCCUUGUCAGAAUUUUUUUUUUUUUUUUUAUUUCAAAUGAAUGGCUGAUAAUCCCAGUACAAUCCUCUCACAGUCUGACAUACGUUUACUUCAUGUUAAAUACUGUGCGACUGGGACUCAGCUGGCGCACUUGAUUUUCUCUUUUUAAAAGACCGCAGCGUUUGUUGUACGACUGCAGCUAGAGGAUGAAACAGCGAUUUACUGAACCAGAGAAGAAGUAAAGCAAACUAGUGCCAAACACAACUCAUCGUGAUGUUUCUGCCUGUGAGAGCGAGGGGGGGGGGGGGGGGGGGGGCGGCAGUGUGUUCUUAAUUUGUUCAUUUUGUAACCGCAGUGUCAAACUCAACUCAAACCUUUGAACAUCUCCGAAAAGGAAGCACAGCACAAGGUUGUUAGUGUGGUAGCUAAACAAAGAUUAUUGGUCUCAAUGAAACCGCUUGUGUUCGCAUUAGAUUCGCAUUCAAGAUGUUGUGUGAAAAGAAUCGUGGGCGUUCCUGGUGAAUCCAGCUCCGCCGACCGGUACCGGAGCUCCACACAUUACCUAGUACCUGGGGGCCGUGGUCCAAGCUGUUCCUUCACGUUCAUCUUAUGGCUAGAAAAUGUCUUAGAUCGGCUCUCUUUAGUCAUAGCGAGGAUUAUAUUAAAGUAUAAGAAAUAGAAAUGUAUCAUUUAUAUAUGGAUUCUAUUGAUAUAUCAAAUAUAUACAUACUGUAUAAGAAACAGCUCUUUUUUUUCCUCCUUUUCUUUUGUACUGGGAAUAAUAAUUAUACCUCCUAAAUGUUUUUAAUGCUAAUUUGUGUUUUUAUAUGUUCAUCAUCUGGGAUUAGAAGAGUUUGGGGAGUUCAAAAUCUGUUUUUCUUUUUUUUUACACUUGCCACUGUAGCGUUGAAUGUGUGAUACGGUUGGUUUGUCGUGCGCUGCCACAGCUGUAUUCCUCUCACUAACAAUGGUCAGUCAUUAACCCGGGGUUAUAAAACCAGUGGCUUGUGUAACGCUGAGAGCGACCGGCCAUUUUCCACAUAAUCCAAUGUGGCAAAACCAAUACUUAUGUAUUGCCAACACUUUCUAUAUGGUCGUCCUUUCCUGAAUCGAACUCCCCUCGACCGUAUUUAGUCGUUUUAUCUUCUGCUCCUGUUUGUUUGUUAUUUUCUUUUCUUCCUCUCGUGUCCUCUGAGUUGCCAGUUGCUCAAUAUCAGCAAAACCGUUUCACAAAAGAGAGAAAAUAACUGCUUCUCCUAAUUGUUCUCGACUGCUGCACAGUAUCGGUCUGUUCUAUGUUGUAGUAUUAUUAUUAUUACUCUCUAUGCUGCUGCUUCUCAUCCCACUUGUCUGGGGGAAAUAAAAGUGAAAAUGUAAAACAUCCAUGUUUUAUCUCUCGGUCAAAACAGCGUGUCUUUUGAUCACCUAGUUGUCCCCUUUUGGAUCAGUGUCAUUCUGAAGACUGUCUCAUGCAAUAUUGGAGUAUAAUUUAACAAAAAUGGAUGUCUGGAAAUAUAUCUGUAUCUUAUUAUUGCAAUAAAAAUAUAGAAAGCA